GCGCAAGAUUGCUACGACUAGCCGAUGGAUAGCGACGCCGAAGCAGAAGAGAUCGCGUCGGAUGAAGAAAUCGCCGGUGUCGAGGAUGAUCAGGCGUACAGUGUGGACUUUGAUGAGGACUUGGCACCGUCCCCUGUCAAACCAGCUAUGGUUAAGGGGAAAACAGUAUUACCGUCUCAGCCGCCCACGAAACCCAUCAAGGCGGUUGUUGCCACACUUCCACCAAAAGUCUCUAAAACCCCUCCUAUCGUCGACGAUGACGAUGAAGAACCCGACUACGGAGACGACGAGUUUGAGAAAGACGACGACGGGUACGGCGACGCGUCGUUUGAGAACGAGAGUGGCCGCGCGAGCAGCCCUCGGCAUCACGUGAACCUGUCCGUCCCCACGCGCCCCCCACCCCCCCCUCGGGCCAUUGAGAAGUCCCCGCCAAAGCCACCGAAACUGUCCCCCGCGCAGCUUCCUCCGUCUCCACCCCUCACUCGAAUCGAUGAAGCCUCCACCAACCCUCCAACGCGAGAAGCCAGCCGGUACAUUCGGCAGCUGGAGACCCAGUUGUUGGACGAAAACGACGCGCUCAAGCACCAGCACGCCCAGCUAACGCGCACGAACAACGACCUCAAAAACGAAUUGCGCUUUUUGCAGCAGCGCCACGUCGACGAAAAGCGGUUGCGGUCGGAAAAGUUUCAGCAAAAGAAAAAACGAGCAGACGAACGUCGCCUGCAGCAUGAAUUGGUGCUGGUCACAACCAAACAAACGCUGCAAGACGUCGAGGCCAAGUACGUGGCGUUGGAGUCUGUCAUGAUGGCCCAAACCCAGGCCAUGGAGUUGCUGCAGACAACAUUCGAAGCCUGCGACGCAGAGAAACGAGUGGUCGAAGAGCGACAUCGUGUGUUGUCGGACAAAUACCAAUCGGCACUGCAGGACAUCCACGCGCUCAACGGCAAACUCGAAGCGGCGGUGGACGUGCGGCAGCACACCCAGCAAAAAUACGAAAAGGCCAUGCUCGACCACAAAGUUGCCUUGGAAGUUGUCGAGCAACGAUGCUUGGUCAAGUUGCAGUGCAUGCAAGAGGCGAUGGACAAAGCGACAGCGGAACGACACCAAGAACGCAUCGAGUUGCCCGAGAAUUACAGGCUGAUCGUCGAGGCCCAGCGCGAACGCUACGAAAAGCUCGAAGAAAAGCUGCUCCAAGACAAGCGAGAAAUGGAAGACAAGGCAACACGGGAACGCGACCGAUUCGACAAGGCACUGGCAAUGGCGCAACAGCAGCGCAUCCAAGCCGAAGAACGGGCGGAUGCCAAGAUUCGCGACGAAGCAAUCAAGGUGUUUCGCGAACGAGAUGCCAUCGACGACCAACGCCGCCAACUGCUCACGAGUUUGGCGACGCAAAAUGCCCGGUUGGACGAAGAGCGAGGCAAAGUGGACGCGUUGCGGACCCAAUUGGAAGAAAAACGACUGAAAUUGGUGCAGGAUGAAAUCACAGUAGAAGCUCAAGCAAAGCAAUGCCACGACCGGUUGCUGCAGCUGGCUCGCGAUGAAGACACGGUCAACGCACGCAAGCGGGAAGUGCUGGCGCUGAGUGCUUCGACACUCGAGAAAUCUCGAAGUCACACAGACGUGGUACGGGCUUUGGAGCAACUACAAAUUGCCCAUGCCGAGCUACAAGACAAAUUCAAUGCGCUGUCGAGACAAUCUACCCAGCAAACCGCCGACCACGACCAUAAAUUCCAGCUGGUGGAGCGGGAAAAGACAGCGCUUGAACGCGCCAACGCCGCGCUGGGCCACGAAAAGCUACAGCUGGCCAAGGCGCGAAUGGAGUGCCGCCAAAUGAUGGAAGGCACGCGCAAGUUGGACUAUUUAUUGAGGCAGCAAGCUGCUCUUGGCAACAUUUACGUGCAUCCGCCGUCGAAUCAGUUCAAGCCGCCACCGUCGUGGAGCGUCGCCUUUGACGCCGACAAGGAAGCGAGCAUGUAUUGAUAAGCUGAGACCUUUCUAAUUGUCACAGGACUAUUACAUUAAUACUAUUAAUAGCCUAUCGCAA